AUGAAAUGUCCUGUGUUUAAAGGCUACCUGAUGUUUUUGAAAGAACGACUGAAACCCGUUACCAAUCUGAACAUGUUAUUUCAGAGUGAAAAUGUAGAAUCUGUGAAAUUACUGGAGGACGUUUAUUUGUUAUUAAGAGGUUUGCUACAAAAACUGGCUGUACCCGCACAGCUUGAGAAAAAAUGUUGCAACAACGUCGAGCGCCAGCACGAGACGGGUAAGAAGUACGUGUGCAAGGUGCCCGAGUGUGGCAAGUCCUUCCACCGCAGCGACUACCUUUCGGAACACAUGAAGGUGCACAGCGGCGUGCGACCCUUUGCCUGCAACAUCCUUUAUCCUUUAUUUUAA